AUGAGACCCACAACAUCAUGUAGAAACACAGUUUAUGAAUUAUUUUAUAAUUCAUCUACUCUUGGUAAAGAGCCAGACGAGCCAGUACAAUGUAGUUAUGGAAAAAGUAUGGAGAAGUUGGGUAUUGAAAAAUUUGAAAACGAGACAAAUUUUAAAGUAAAUAAAUGUGGGUUGUUUAUAGACAAUACAUUACCAUAUCUAGGAGCAUCGCCAGAUGGAAUUAUAGAUGAUAAUACACUUUUAGAAAUUAAAUCGCCUUAUUCUGCUAAAGAUUGUGCCACUGUUCAAGAAGCUAUUCAUACUGGUAAGGAAAAAAUGGAACCUAAAUUAAAAAAAUUUUACUGCGAAUACAUUUUGCCAAAAAUCAUAGACCCGCAGUAUGGAAAAAGAUUAUUAAAAAGUGAUAUUGUUGAACCAGAUUUCAUUAUAAAAGCCCAAAAAAAAAGAAAUUGGAAAAUUAAAAAAAAAGAAUAA